GCGCUGCGCUACCUGCUGCGCGGCCCCGACUGCCUCCUCGUCGGCACCAACCGCGACCACCGCCUGCCGCUGGAGGGCGGCUCCGCUAUCCCCGGGACCGGCUGCCUAGUAAAAGCCGUGGAGACAGCAGCAGAGCGCGAGGCUUUCAUCGUCGGGAAGCCCAGCCGUUAUAUAUUUGACUGCGUGGCCAGCGAGUUUGACAUCGACCCCGCACGCACCAUCAUGGUGGGGGAUCGGCUGGACACGGACAUCCUCAUGGGCAACACCUGCGGCCUCACCACCCUGCUGACACUCACUGGGGUCAGCACGCUGGAGGAAGUGAGAGGGCACCAGGAGAGUGACUGCCCUGCCCGGCAGAGCCUGGUGCCUGAUUACUAUGUUGAUAGCAUAGCCGACCUUCUUCCGGCACUCGAGGAUUAAUAGAGCAGAACGCUGGCAGCCCUGGGAGCCGUACCCCGAGGAGGGCCCCAAUUAAUCAUCUCGUGACAGUAACGCACUCGCUAUGAUACCACCUGAAAUUAGCAGCCCUUAGGUUUUUAACCCUUCUGUCCUCUUGGUAUGAUUUUGUUUACAUCUCGGUCUUUUAAAAUGCACUUUGAAACAAAGAGGGCAUUAUGGUGUCACCCAAGUCUUGUAGGUUUGGAGUUGUUUUUUUUGUUUGUUUGUUUUGUUUUUAAAAAAAUGAUAAGCAACACGUAUAGCCAGACAUUUGUGAUACUCGGUGUCAUGUUGUCCUCUGGACUGAGUUGAGGAAAGCAGAGCCGAUAGAGCUGAGGAAGAGAACCUAGCAACUUGCAGCGUGUCCUCCUGGACAGACUGGGGCUCAGUCUGAUUUAUUCAGGGAAAUGACUUUUCAAGUGUCUAGUAACUUAGCAGCUGUGCUUGGAAAUGCUUGCAGUGGCUGACAGAAUUAGUAUUUGGCCUUUGGAUUGAUUUAUUUUUUUUUCCAGAUUGGGUCUAGUUCUGCAGUAUGGCCCACUCUAAGUGUGACUUAGGAACUGAAAGCGGUCUCCUUUAUGUGGCCGUUACAAAUUGCACUUGUAAUGCAGAUUAGGGUGAUUCCACAUGCAAAAUACAAGUGGUGUCUUCUGUAUACUGUAGUUGUCCGGGUGUUGGGUGUAUGUGUAAAGUACAUGUACAUACAAGAACUACCCUAAUCCUAACUCUAUGUCAGAAUAUAUUUAAAAUAUAAAUUUAAGUAUAGUAUAUGAUAAUAUAUCUUCUUUCCCAGAAGGGAAGCUAUGAGGAAUGUACUUCGCUGAUCACAAAAGUUUUAAUUCUCAUUAGCUUAUGCAUUUGAUAAUGCAGAAAGUAUGUAACCACGUAGGACUGUCCUUCACUCCUGCUCUCCCCAGAAGUAACUGCAUUGAUCAGACUCCAGGUUCGCUCCCGUUCUUCCCUCAGCGAGUCAUGGCUCAGUCUGCACCUGUAGUACCCCCCAUUGCAACUCUCCACUGAAAUAAAUGUGGAAGAGAACCAACUACGUAUGAUGACAGCACGUGCUUCCUUUAAAUAGCUGAAUUUAAUAUCUUCCUUGUGUGGCUGGUGUGGGGGCCUGGCACAAGCUGCUUGGCUGAAGAGUGUUUGCUUGCUCAGGUAAUGAUUUUAUUUUGAUCCCUAGAUAGCUUUUGUGUGAUGCGUAGCUCAGGCUAUGGGAUAGAUUUUUAUGCAGGCUAACUUGAAGGCUACAGUUCCAAGCUUUUGUAUUGCAGAAUCAAGUGAAAAAUUAUAUAUGCAAAUAAUGUUAUUUUAUGUAUAGAUUCAACUGUUGUUAAUUAAAUUUAAGCACUGACCUUCCUUCAUUUCCCAUUGUUUGGUUGAAUAGCUCUAGCUGUAUCGAUGCCAUUUCCCUCCACUCAGACACUAGAAAUGAGUAGAUUCACCACCUUGUUGGUACAGCAAUAACUGUGCAGCCCAUAUUGUCUUUCAGUGUUAUGAGAGUAUUAGCUGGAUCUUGUAAAAGACUUCCAUAAUUCAGACUUGUGUAAGGAAGCACAAAUAACCUCUUCCUGUUCUUGUCUCUAUUGCAAAAGUCAGGAAAACUUUCAUGUUACCUGGGUUACACAGAAAUGGACAUUGUGGGUUUACUGCAGGUAGGAUCCGACUCAGUAAUGUGUUCUUCAGUUCACUUCCUGCAUUUGGUGCUUCUAAUUUCAGAAUAUGUUAAGUAAACCAGUACCUGCCAGGCGAGGCGUUCAGCCUCUUGGAGCAGCACGCUGUCCCUGUUGAGCACUGUUCACUGUACAACCCAUACCUCGAUUCACUUACGCUGAAAUGUAUUUUUUGAAGGUGUCAGUUGUGCUUCAGAACUCUGUAUCAACUUCCCAACGGUUUUUAAGCCUCUACUUGAGUUCACAUUAAACUUGCAAACCUGCUUAUCUCUUG